GUGAUUGUGGCGGGUUGAGAUGGAAACAUAUAUAUUCGUGUGGUAUGAUACCGGACCGUAUCCACUAUAAACCCUAACCCUUAUCUUACAAGGUGUUAUUUGAGAAGUAGUUAUCCACCCUACCGGUAUCGUAUCAUAUCAUACCAAUGGCUCACGUAUAUGACUUGCUGCUACGGGUACAAUGUCUAAGCCCGCACUCAGACCGGUAUGAUACGAUAUAAUAUCAGACUCCCGGCCAUGUACUGCACAACACCGGUAGUGGGUAAAUUACACAUUAUUCUUCCGCUCGCGGGUUGGGGCUCCGGGACUUGAAUCACCGGCGAUCCGACGCCAUCUCCGCUUUUCGCCUUAUCGAGAAAGCGAUGGACUAAAUAUUGCCUAGUCCCUACCGAUAAGAGGGAAACGUGAUGCCCGCUGGAUCACUACGGUAAUGGUGCUAACGGCGGAUGACUGAGCAGCACAAAUUAGCAAAUUACUCUCGCCCAGAUUUGGCCAUUAAAAAUGCCCUCGCCUCCUCGCCAAUCUCCCCUCGCCUCUCCUUCUUGCCUUUCCUCCGUCACCCUUGAGAGGUCGGCCAACCCAUGAUAGGGUGGAUACCCCCCUCUACAACACCCCACAGUCGAUCUUCCCACAUUGGCUUCUGAUGGAAGUUCGUUAAAAAAAAGAAAAAAGAAAAGAGAAAAGAAAAGAGGACACUGUGAGCCCGUUUAAAAAUGUCGAACUCCCAAGGUUCGGGUCCCUUCGUCGCCGCCAAAUCCACUACAAGCUCUCCCGUUUCUGCACCACCUGCGCAAGCGCCCGCAACAGCAUCGUCUGGGAACGAUCCGCAGAGACGCAGCGGGGGAGGGGGCACCGCCUUCGGAUCUAAUCUUUCUUCGAGGAACAAUUUGGCCUCUCCGAGGAGUGGCCAAGCGGGACGCUCGAACCACCGCAAUCGACGCAAACCGGGUGCCACAGCUUCCGAAGAAACUGUUGCCGAGAGUCAGGUAUACCGCCACUACUCAACUCCCCCCACCUCCUUCCCCACACUCUAAACCCCUUCUCCCUCGUUCGUUCCGCCCCACCGCACGGUUAUAGUGAAUAGUUAGGACUGACAUGGUGUUACAUCGCGGGUUCAGCUCACGAUGGGGACACGCAAUAGACGUAAGGGUACUUCGAUCACCCACCUUAUGCGCUGGAAUGUUUCAACCGCCGCCUCUCGAAGUUCAGACAGUUACCACUGGCAUGACAACCGCCGUUAUCCGACUUUCGGGAUGGGCUCGGGUUACCACCAGGUGGACAAGGCUCGGUAAGAUUGUUUUAGUCAGAUUGCUUCCGUUGAUCCGCGAUAGGCUGACGAGCUGGAAAAGCUAUGUAAACGCCAAUUAUCGUUUUAUUGUCCACCCCGGCGGAGAUUUCCGCGCGCAGGUAAUAAAUCCCGACGAUCCCUUGCCAUGGAAUCUCGUGCUCCAGGUCCUGGCAUCGGCAAAAACACAGCAGCCCACCUGUCCCAUCUGUUUAUCUGCUCCAGUCGCUCCGCGAAUGUCAAAAUGCGGACAUAUAUUCUGCCUCCCAUGUCUUAUUCGGUAUAUGGCCUCCGUUGACGACGUCAAAUGUCCACCGGAGAGACGACCAAAGUACAAGAAAUGUGUGAUCUGUAUGGAUAGCGUUUAUCUAGUGGAAUCCCGGCCAGUCAGAUUCUUCGCCGGGCAGGAAAAUACGGCUCCUCGAGAAGGGGAAGAUAUCGUCCUACGUCUUGUAAUGAAACGCAUGGGCAGUAUCCUCGCGUUGCCAAAGGACGGAGCCCACUGCCCUACGCGAGUGGAGGAGAUUCCAUGGCAUUUUGCUGCCGAGGUGAUGGACUACGCCCGGAUCAUGAAAGGGACUGAGGCCUAUAUGAUCGACCAAUAUGCAAGAGAGGUGGAGGAUCUUAAGAUCAUGCAACAGGAGGACGAAGCCAUGUUUGGGGAAGAUGGGGAAUGGGCAAAGAAGGCUGUGACAUCAAUUGAGCUCCAAAUUGAGGCGAUUAAAGGAAUGGGAAACCCGAGGGGCUAUCCCUCUGAUACCUCUGCUGACAUCCCGGAAGCGGAAGUGGAGAGCGAGAGAAAGAAGGAAAAGAGGCCCGAAAUCAAGUUCAAUGAGAGCGAAGAGGAUGUUCCCCUUAUGUACCACGUAUCUCAUGAGGCUCGUUCCGGCCAUUCAUCGACCUCCAUUUCGAGAUCGCAAACGCCUUCCCAGAACAAGCCCGAAGUAGCAGUGUCAGUACCUGCAUCCGAAUCAGCACCAACCGCCAAACUGCAUCCCCAAGAUGGCGAACUUUCCGCUUCCCAGGUAGACGCAAGGGACGUAAUACGGCGUGGGAAUGGGGGCUCCGCCAGGGGCGAUGCUCCGUAUUAUUUCUACCAAGCUCUUCCCCACUACUAUCUGUCCACCCUUGAUAUCAAAAUACUAAGAGCGGCUUUUGGAUCCUAUUCCGACCUUCCCUCGACUAUACUACCUAGGGUAGAAAACGUAAUAACAGGUUGCUCAGUCGAUGACGAUUUCCGAAAACGUGCAAGGUAUCUAGCACAUCUCCCCUAUGGCUGUGAAAUUGCCUUCCUAGAAUGCGACUGGACAGAUAUUGUUCCCGCGGGGGUUCUGGAAGCCUUUAGCGCUGAGAUUGACCAGCGGAGGAAACGCAAGCUGGAGAAAGACUCCCGGGAAGAGCGUGCUCGGAUCAAGGCGGAGAGCCGACACGAAGAAAAUCAUUGGGCUCUGGCUAAGCAUAGGAGGGAGUCAUUGGUCGAUGAUUACGAGCAGGGUUUACCCGCGGCGGUGGCGACUCAGAGUAUUGAUGAGGCUGGACCUGAGGGUGGUGAAUCGAGCCCCGCCAUGGCAGCUACCUCUCCACCUGUUGGCAAUGAUAUCCCCAACGGAGAGGAACCUUCGGUUGCUGGUCCAGUAUCACCCUCAACUAGCUCGGCCCGGGGGCGGACUGUUUGGGGAACACCUCUUGUACACGUCCCAAGUGAAACCGGACCCGCCACUUCUAUGCCUGCAUCCGAUAACAACAACGGUUGGCUACCGGACUGGGAGCGGGACCUCAUACUUCGAGAACAGGUGCUAGUGGAAUUAGAGUCCGCAGGGAGUGUUGGUGGCGGUAGCGGACGGGCGCCUGGCCAGGGGAAGGGAGCCCAAGGUGGGAAAAAGAAGAAGUUCAAGAAAGUCACACUGAUGACCAAUGGGGGGAAACGCGGAGCUUGA